UAGUUUAAUUUCAAAUUCGUUAAUUGUCUUAAUUUAUAUUAAUCAAAAUUAGUAUAGAUCGACUAAAGACAUAUGUAUUUGUAGACGUUGAACUACUCUUAUACUUCUUAAAAGGUUGAACUGAAUUCAUCGUUUUGGAUUUAGGCUGCAAAUAUUUAAAGAACCAAGUCAAAUCCUCUGAUGAUGACACACAUAAGGCCGUAGUUUUUAUCGACGGAAUCGGAAUCGCUUUAUACUGAUUACAUCAUGUGUCAUGUCACUAAUCAAAGUAGGCAAAGGAAAGCCCUGGCAACUCUCACAAUAAAAAUUGACAAAUCAUCAUCCAGCAAAAACUUUCGAAGCAUUAAUAAAAUAAUUCACACUUGGAAAUGGAUGCCGCUAUGUACUUUGAGGAGGACGAGGAGCAUCACCAGGAGGAGGACGAGGUGCAUUUCCCCAAUAACGAAACUAGAAGCGAUGGCGAAGAAGGAUCAUCCGAUGAACCUGAACUGGCAUGCGAACUAGAAGUAACACCGCCCGUGUCACUAUUGCAACGCUAUGAUCGACUUCUUGAACGCAACUAUCAGGCCCAUCGUCGCUCUGAGAGUCUGUUCAAUCGCUUGCAACAAACUCGUCUCAGUAUGUUGCCACGUCCAGAUCCUAUAAAGGAAGCGGAAAAACAAGACCAAAGAGACAUGGACAAGUUUCUCAAUACGAAGCUAAAACGUGACAGUUGUCCACCUGAUACACCAUUGCCAAUAUAUUUGAAAUAUCGUGAGCCGAGAUGUCGUAGCCCACCGUCCAUAUGGGAUAAGAUGUCACCAAAGAAAGCACCUAAAACAGAAUAAUUCUUAAAGCGAUUUAGUUAGACCUAUUUAUAAAUGUGAGCUGACCAAAAUUUCUUAUAAUUCAUAUGUUCGUUUAU